AUGGUCAAGGCUGUCGUUCUUGGUGCCUCGGGUGGCAUUGGCCAGCCUCUCUCGCUGCUGCUGAAGACGUGCCCGCUCAUCGAUGAGCUCGCUCUGUACGAUGUGGUCAACACCCCCGGUGUCGCCGCCGAUCUCUCCCACAUCUCCUCCGUGGCCAAAAUCACUGGCUACCUGCCCAAGGAUGAUGGUCUGAAGCACGCCCUGACCGGGGCUGAUGUCGUUGUCAUCCCGGCCGGCAUUCCUCGCAAGCCCGGUAUGACCCGUGAUGACCUGUUCAAGGUCAACGCCUCCAUUGUCCGCGACCUGGUCACGGGUAUCGCCGAGUUCUGCCCCAAGGCCUUCACCCUGGUCAUUUCCAACCCGGUUAACUCCACCGUCCCCAUUGCCGCCGAGGUGCUCAAGGCCGCUGGGGUCUUCGACCCCAAGCGCUUGUUCGGUGUGACCACCCUGGACGUCGUCCGUGCCGAGACCUUCACCCAAGAGUUCUCUGGCCAGAAGGACCCCUCCAAGGCCACCGUGCCGGUCAUCGGCGGCCACUCCGGCGAGACGAUUGUCCCGCUGUUCAGCAAAGUCUCCCCCGCUUUCCAGAUCCCUGCUGACCGUUACGAUGCUCUGGUCAACCGUGUCCAGUUCGGUGGUGAUGAGGUUGUCAAGGCUAAGGAUGGCGCCGGCUCCGCUACCCUCUCCAUGGCCCUGGCUGGUUUCCGCUUCGCCGAGGCCGUGAUCAAGGCCACCCGGGGCGAGAAGGGUAUCGUCGAACCGACUUUCGUCUACCUGCCCGGCGUGGCCGGUGGCGACGAGAUCGCCAAGGCGACCGGUGUGGAGUUCUUCUCUACCCCCGUGGAACUGGGCCCCAACGGCGCCGAGAAGGCCAUCAACAUCCUGGACGGUGUGACCGACAAGGAGAAGACACUCCUGGAUGCGUGCAUCAAGGGCCUGAAGGGCAACAUUGAGAAAGGCAUCGAGUUCAUCAAGAACCCCCCACCAAAGUAA